AUGAAUGACCAUGAGCUCGUGGCGGGGAACGUCUACAAAGCUACGUGGAGGAGCCUCCAGGUGGCAGUGAAGAAGUAUGUCAAGGUGGAUGGCACUGGCAAGCCCGACUACGAGGAGUUCGCUAGGUUCUAUGCCGAAGCAGCUGCAAUGGCAGAGAUGAAUUCCCCAUGGGUCGUCCAACUACAUGCGGUCACCCGACAGCAGGGCAAGCUGGUGAUGGAGUUAGGCAAGGUGGACAUGGUGACGUGGUUUGGGCAGCACAGGUCGGGAGGCCUGCCCCUCAAGCUCAGCCUGCUGCGCAAUGCGGCUCAUGGGCUGGCGGACGUGCACGACAAGAAUUUUGUGCACAGGGACGUGCGCAACAAGACGUUCGUGGUUUUCCGGGAGUCCCCUCUGUCGGUGAAGCUGGUGGGCCUGGGAUCUGCAAUGGUGGGAAACGCGACGGGGAAGGUGACCGCCAGGAAGCUUCGCAGCAAGCGAUGGAGCCAGCUGAAUCGUAAGCUGUGCUACGAGGGCGUUUCAGAAAGGUUGGGCGCGCCAUAUGGGCGGCGCCGGAGAUCUUCAAGGAAAGGCCCCACAGCGUGGGCAGCGACAUCUACAGCUUCGGCGUCGUCAUGCACGAGCUCGUCGCCGAAGCCCAGCCUUACGGGGGUGGCACGCCAGACGGCAAGGUGA